UUGGUCCUAAAGAUCGAAUAUAAAUAGCACCAACACCCCCAAAGUGCUCAACCACAUCAAAACAGACCCAAAGUGAGAGACACAUAGCAAAAGUAGCAAUGGCGAUAAAACCACUUUCCAUCUUUGUUGUCUUCUUCAUCUUCUUCUUGGUUAUCUCUGACGUGCCAGAGACAGAAGCGCAAGAUAGCAAGUGUUUGAGAGAAUACGGUGGCGAUGUUGGCUUCCAAUUUUGUGCGCCUCGGAUAUUUCCGACGUUUUGUUACACAAGAUGCCGUGAGAACAAGGGGGCUAAAGGUGGAAGAUGCCGUUGGGGAGAAGGACGCAAAGUUACGUGCUUAUGCGACUACUGCAACGAUCAACCCUAGUCAUAACGUCUAAGCAAUCGUUAAUACACUAUGUGGCUGCAAAACGCAAAUGCUAUGUUUGAAUAUUUUGGUUUGUGUAGUAAAUAUAAUAAGAAUGCGACUGGUCCCAAAUAAAUUGUAUGAUGAUGUAAUGUGAAAGAAAAAAUAAUGAAAAAGUACGACUUUCUAUAUGCAAUAAAAUAAGUUUGGUAAUACUUUGACUACUCUGGUAA